AUGUCGCGAACUCUCCCCAAGAAGAACAACCCAUUGAUCCUUGCCGACGUCGCUCCGGCUUAUGACGAUCUGCUCUCGCGCCGUCGUCUUGGUAAGACCAACCUGUCCGUUAAACCUGGUCAGAUUGGUACCUCCAAUGCCACCAAGCCCGAGAACCUAGGCCUGUUCGAGUACGCCCACCUGCGGGCCCCUCUGCCCAAGGACCUGGAGGGCUCCGAGAUCUUCCCUUCCCACAACUCUCAGCAGCACCCAGAGACUUACUUUUUGAUGCGAAGGAGCAAGGACGGCUUUGUUAGUGCUACUGGCAUGUUCAAAAUUGCGUUCCCCUGGGCCAAAAUCGAUGAGGAACGUAUUGAGAGAGAAUAUCUGAAGUCACGCGAGUACACAAGCCAGGAGGAAGUUGCCGGCAACGUGUGGAUUUCCCCUCUCUUCGCUCUCGAGCUUUCCAGAGAGUACUUGAUGUACGACUGGGUUCGCGCCUUGUUAGAUCCCAAGGAGAUCGUACAGAGUCCCAAGAAACAAAUUACCCCGCCACCGAAGUUCGAAAUGCCAUCAGAGGAAGCAACCACUUCGCAGCGCCGCAGCCGCCGCUCUGUCUCUCCUAGCAAAGCAUCUCCUAGCAAGAAGUCCGCCUCUCCUCGUAAGCCUCGACAGGCUCGCUCAACGAAAGAAGCCCCUAACACACCGUCUACAAAUGCUGCCAAUGACAGCUUGCAGCAAGCCCUGGAAACUACAGUGUCCGUAGAAACCGAUGCCUUGAACGGGGUUUUGGAGACCGUGGAAGAAACGACUGAAGUCAAGACCACUGGUUCUCCGGAGAAGAAGAGGGGCCGUAAGCCUAAGAAGGCUGCCGCCGAGGCCGAAGAGGAGAAGGCCAAGGACGCGGAGAAGGAAGAGAAGAAGGCCGAGAAGAAGGCCGAGAAGAAAAAGAAGCAAGACGCAGCGGAGAAGGAGCCUACAGUUAGCAAAAUCUUCAGCGAGGUCGCCGCCACCGAAGAUGCUACCGUUUCACAAACAACCAUCUCCUUGGAUAUGCCUCUUUUGCCCCAAGCUCCAUCCGCCAAGGAAACAGAAGAGAUGAUCGCAGAGGCUAAAGUGUUGGUCGAGAAUGCCAUCAAGAACCAAGCGUCCGAAGUUGCGGCCUCAGGAUCAGCAGUCCAGGUCACAAAGAAGCGAAAGCCUGAAGACGAUGACGAAGAGACUGCCGCCGAGGCCGCUCAACGAGUAAAGAAAGCCAAGGUCUUGGAGGACAAGCUCAAGCGUGAGCGGGUCCGCAACCGUGCUCUCUUCGGAGUUUCGGCAGCUUUUGCCCUUGCUGCCUCUAUCCCCUACUUCCUUUAG